AUGGAAGCCACGGGGGAGGAGGCGCUGCGGCUGCUGAAGGAGCCCAAGGCGGAGUCGCUGGCGGCGUUGCGUGUGCUCAAAGUCUUCAAAGCAGGGCUGUCAGAGCUUCCGGAGUCCAUCGGCCUUUGCCAGCAACUCGUCCAGCUGGACCUCGGCGGCAACGCGCUGAGCAGCUUCGCAGCGAUACCCGCGCUGCCGCAGCUGGAGAUUCUUUUCGCCUCGGACACCGGCCUGGCGCAGCUCCCGGAUCUCAGUGCCUGCCCCAGGCUGCGAAUGCUAGGCGUCAAGGACAACCGGCUGACGGCGCUGGACGGGGACUUGUUGCCCAUCACCUUGGAGUGGCUCAUUGCCGCGGGCAACCAGAUCAGCGAGCUGCCGAACCUGGGCCGCCUGGGCAAGGUGCGGAAGUUGAUGCUGAGCCACAACCGCCUGAGCUGCGCGGCGCUGGCGCCGGUGGCGCGGAUCGAGGCCUUGGAGAUGCUGCGGGUGGCGGCGAACUGCCUCGAGGCCUUCCCCGAAGAGCUGCUGUCGCACCGCCGGCUCGCCUGGGUGGCGGUGGGGGGCAACCCCUUCGCCGAGGAAGCCCUCGGCAGGACCCUGGCCACCGGCGCCGCCGCGAGCCUCGACUUCUCCGAGGUGACGCUGGGGCCGAAGCUGGGCAGCGGCGCGGGGGCCACGGUCUACCAGGGCACCUGGGACCAGAGGAGCGUGGCGGUGAAGAUCUGGGACGCGGAGCGCUUCUCCGACGGCACGGCGCUCACGGAGUGGGGCGCCAACCGCGUGGCCUCCUCCCCAGGCCACGAGGCGCUGGUGGCGGUGCUGGGGACCUUCGAGGAGCCCCGCGGCAUGGUCCUGGAGCUGCUGCCCGAGGCCAAGGCCGCCGGGAGGCCCCCGAGCUUCGCGUCGGUGACGCGGGACGCGGCGCCGGUGGCAGGGGACCCGCGCUGGACGCCCGGCGCGGCCAAGCGCAUCGCGGGGCGGGUGGCGCAGGCGGCGGAGUAUCUCCACGGCAAGGGGCUGAUGCACGGUGACAUCUACCUGCACAACACCCUGGUGAUCUGCACGCCCGGCGCCGGCGACGGCGGCACGGAGGUGGCCGAUUGCCGGCUCUCCGACUUCGGGGCGGCGGCGGCGGUGGACUCGGAGCAGCUGCGGAGGCUGGAGGUCCGAGCCUUCGGCUGGCUGCUGCAAGACCUAGUGGAGAGCGGGGGAGAGGGCGCCGAGAUGGAGCUUUUGAAGGAGCUGCGCGCGCGCUGCGGAGCCGCAGACCCUUUGCAGCUUCCGAGCUUCGCCGAGCUGGCGAAGCUUCUGGCAUGA